AUGUCUAGUAGAAAAGGAAAAAAGUUUCUUCCUAAGACAAAAAGUGAAGCAGAAUUAAUUGAAAGUAAGGGCCACGUAAUAAAUAAGAUGCCUCAUUUAAAGAAUAAUGGUAAGUGGAAAAUAUACUGGCGUCAUUUAUUCCUAAUGGUUAUUUUUUGGAUAUUAUUGAUCCACUACUAUGAAAGAGUCGUUGUCAAAAGAGCUAUGAAAUUAUGUAUGUGGAAUAAAUGGGAAAACUGGCCUAAAGAAGCUGAAAGUUUUAAGGUAGGGCUAUUUGCUGAUCCUCAAAUUAUGGAUAAUCAUUCUUAUCCUGGGAGACCUGAGGUCGUCAACUUUUUUACCAGAUCAAUUUUAGACAAUUAUCACAGACGUAAUUGGAAAUACGUACAAUUUUGGUUAGAUCCUGAUGCCAGCUUGUUCCUGGGAGAUCUAUUUGAUGGCGGAAGAUAUUGGGAGGAUGAAUACUGGCAUGAAGAAUAUAAACGUUUUAAUGAAAUAUUUCCCAAGAAGGCUGGCAGAAAAUCUAUAAUGUCAUUACCAGGAAAUCAUGAUAUUGGGUUCGGCGAUACAGUCAUUGAAAAGAGCUUUAAAAGAUUUACUACAUAUUUCGGCGAUACAUCUUCAUAUACAAAUCUAGGUAACCAUACCUUUGUAUUAAUAGAUACAAUUGCGUUAUCAGAUAAGGCCAAUAAAAACAUCUCAGAUAUUCCAAAAGAAUUCUUACAUCAAUUUUCUAAAACACAUCAUCCAUUGCCCAAAAUCAUGCUCACACAUGUUCCACUUUAUAGGGAUCCCAAAGUUCAAGUAUGUGGGAAAUUACGCGAAUCUCCAAAGUUAUUCCCCAUGUUGAAAGGUGAUCAAUAUCAAACAGUCAUCGAUUAUGAUAUUUCACAGAAUAUCUUAAGCACAGUACAACCAAGAUAUUUAUUUUCUGGUGAUGAUCAUGAUUAUUGUCAUAUUAAUCAUACCUAUGCCACUCCCGAUGGAAUAGUAAAAACAGCUGAUGAGAUAACUGUUAAAUCUUGUGCGAUGAACAUGGGAAUAUCUAAGCCUGCUAUUCAACUAUUAUCAUUAUAUAAUCCAACUUUGAACGAAUCACCAAACAUAGAAACUAUUCAGACAAAUAUCUGUUAUUUGCCAGAUCCUUAUAAACCAAUUAAAAUGUAUGUUAUAACAUUACUUAUUACUGUUGGUCUAGUCAUUUACAUCAACAUCUUCCCAAGAAAAUUCAAUGACAAUGUAGUGACUCGUUUAGAGAGACUAAGAGAAAAAAGGUUGGCCCAAACAGUGAAUUGCUUCCAAUGCCAUUGGGUACCUUACGUACUUCCCAUACAAAGGUUAUUGGAUCUGAUUACUAUGUUCAAGAACGGGUUUCCAUUAUUGGUCUAUUUAUAA